CUCUCAGCUACACCUUGACUUCGGACUCUACCAGCAUCACCUUCAUUCUAUAAUUGAACAAUGUCGUCAAACAUAGACUUGGGUGACUCAAUUCCUUCCCUCACAGCUCAUGCUGUGAGCGUGUCCCUGCCAACAUGGACGGACAACGUUGAUUAUGAAGAAGGUGCCAAGCGCGUUAUGGACAAAAUCUCCAAUGGCUAUCCACGAUUCUAUUGCCAUGACCUCAUUGCUGUAUUUGCAGAUGACAUCGUGACCAGAUGCUGCUCAGAAGGAACAAGAAGCGAUAAUCAGGAGGCGAUGUUGUUCCCAUCCCGCAAGGCUGCUGAGAGAUGUCGUGACUCCAUUGUCAACACUACCAAGACAGAACCCGCGAAGGUGGGACUGGCUGCAAAUUUCAAGAUAAUUGAUUUGUGUCUCGAUAAUAAGAGCUCGGCGACUCAUUUGAUAGCCAUUGCUAAGAAGGCCUCGCCCUCAGUAUCCGCCGUCAUAUUCCAUGAGGAUCUGUUCCCAAUCGCGAAACAAUAUUGGCAACAUUCCGGAGAUGGGAUCUCAAGUCGACAGGCAGAAUUUUGUCACGCACUUUUCGAGGAGGGCAUGCUAGGGACGGAUUCUGCGACCACCGCACCGGCAUCGCAGACGCAGCAACAGUCACAGCCGAUAGUGAAUCACAAAAGAGGCCCAAAGAGGUACCAAAGAGAUUCCAUCACAGAUCAUCGUCAAACUUCUCCUGAAGGGGAAAACAACGUGAUGACCGAGUCAGAGAAAACUGGACUCGAUGGCAAGCACAACGUUGCAGCAGAUAGCCGGGAAAGCACGCAGUUCCUGGAGGAGCGAUUUGGACGGAAUUUGUAUCUUUCAUUUGUCAACAACGCCAGAAUCGCGAUCCGUCGAAGCCUAGCAGGCUAUUUGGUAGAGGAACUGGAUCUUACAUCUACAGCUGCAAACGACGUUUACCUCUACCCGUGCGGCAUGAAUGCCAUUUUCAAAACGCACCGGAUGCUGAUCGCAAUUCGAGGCCAACGGAAGAGUAUCUCGUUUGGCUUCCCGUAUGUCGACACCUUGAAGAUCCUGCAGAAAUUCGGCCCCGGAUGUCUGUUCUACGGGCAUGGCUCCUCGGACGAGCUGGACGACCUAGAAGCCCACCUGCAAGCUGACGAACGGUGCCUGGCCUUCUUCUGCGAGUUCCCCGGGAAUUCAAUGCUGAAGAGCCCCGAUCUCCGGCGCAUCCGCCUACUGGCCGACAAGUAUGACUUCGCCGUGGUGGUGGAUGAGACAAUUGGCAACUCAGUAUUCUCAGGCGAUUGUAACGUGAUGGGUGGCAGCGCUAUCCUGAACCCCCAAAGCCGGUACUAUCUGCCACUGAAGCGGGCGUUCGAUGCGGAUUUUGAAGAAAACAAUUAUUGGGUCGAGGACGUUCUGUUCAUGGAGCGCAACAGCCGGGACUUCGUGGCGCGCAUCAGGAGAAUAAACGACAAUGCUGAGGCCAUCUGCCGAAGUUUGCAGGCCCAUCCGCUGAUCAAGGACGUCUACUACCCUAAGUAUAGUCCGACAAAGCGAUUCUAUGACGAGUGUCGGACCCUCACGGGCGGGUAUGGGGGUUUGUUAUCUUCCACGUUUCACCGGAAGGAACAUGCGGUGGCAUUCUUUGAUCGCAUCAAGACGGCCAAAGGGCCGAGUCUCGGCACCAAUUUUACCUUGACGUCGCCCUAUGUUCUUCUCGCGCACUAUUGGGAGUUGGGGUGGGCCGCGGGGUUCGGCGUGCCGGCCGAUUUGCUGCGCGUUAGUGUCGGGGUUGAGAAUGUGGAGGAUCUCAAGGCUCGGUUUGCGGUUGCGCUGGAAGCGGCCGAAGCGAUCGGGUCGGGCUCUGUGUGAUCAUCGGAUUACAACAACAAUGGAGCUCUUCCUGUCUGGCAUUGUUGAGUAUGUCUUCGUAUUCCUACUCGCGACGGAGUGGCGUAUCAAGCUUUCACAAAGGAACGGACCACAUGGGGAACAGUGAUGCUGUAGCUAUACUUGUAGAUGGACCUCGGAAGCUGCAUAGCAGUGCCACCAUAGUUGCGUGUCAGAUAUAGCGAACUAAUGUGACUGAUUUCUU